AUGAGAGGGAUUGUGUAUGUGUGCUUUGCACUUGUGUGUGCAGUGAGGUGUUCGAGGAUCCAGAAGAUCUUGAGGCCGGGGGCCAGGGAGGAGUACUGGGCAAUAUUUGGAGAGAACGGAUUGGAGCUCAACAUCAAGCUGAACCAGUACUCGAACCAGCCGGUGUUCUACCGAGUUGUCAAGCCGAAUGAUUUGUCUGAGGACAGUGAGGAUGAUUGGGAGGAGAUGAAUGAGGCAUUUGAUCAGAAGUAUACUACGCACGGAACAUACAGGAUAGAUAUUGACAACAGGGGGGACGAGAAUGCAUCGAUCAGUGUGUACACGAACGUGAUGGUUUCUGAUGGAUUGGACAAUGACAACCUGGCAAUCAAAAACCUGUUUGUUGACAUUGAGGGGAAGCUGAUGUCUUUGUACAACACGAACAUGCGACUGAAGACGAUUCAGGAACGAAACAUUGCUGAGGCAAAGAGGAUACGCAAGGGACUAUACAUUAUGUUUGUGAUUCCGAUCAUAUAUGUAGGAAUAGGGUUUGCAAAGCUACAUGCAAUGAAGUCCAUGUUUUCUCCAAAGAAAGGCUCAAGGAUAUAA